UGCAGCGCUGCCGGCGCGGCCCUCACAGAGCAGCGUUGAGUCUGCGGAGGCAUGCGCUGAGGCCAACGUCUCGUUCACGAAUGUCAGCCGAGCAUGACGAUGAGGCGCCCGAGGCGAGGCAGAGGCCGGCAAGGGCUGACUGCGGCGCAGCGUGGUGCUGCGAGGGAGGCGCGCCCGGCGGCGCAGAGGCAGAGAAGCGUCUCGGCCGGGCUCAAGCGCCGCGCGGCUGGCCUUCUUCGCGGCGCGCGCCUCGCUUCUGCGCCUUUCUUCCGCACCACAUCCUCCUCUCGCCCAUUCCGCGCCUCGUCAAUCCAUCGAUCACUUGCGCCCGCCGCGCUGUCCGCCUCUACUCCGUCUGCUCCUCCAUUCUUGUCCCGUCUCUCCGCGCUGCACACUUGUGAGCCUGAGCCGCUCGCAGGCGAGCGUUCGUGCCCGCGAGAUGCCUGUGCGCCCUCGCGCCACGCCCGGCUCGACGGCCGCAGCCCGCAGCCUCAAGUUUCUCCCCGUCUCGCCAUCUCGCCCCCUCGUUCUUGCCCCCUUCCUUCCUCUCCCCUCCCAUCAUGCUGCCUAUUCAACACGCAGCGCCCUCAAUGCGCAUGUGGAUGUGGGAAAAGCAGCAGAGAGCAGCCCGCCCUUUCGAGGGCGGGGGCAUGUCCAAUACAUAUUAUGCCGGGCUGUGGACACCCACACGCUCGGCACAAGAAGCGGCACCCACAUUCUUUCUCCUGCUCUUCUUCUUGUCGCUCUGGCCGCGUGUACCGUACCGUACUGCAAUCAGAUCAGCUCUUCAUCCUGCGACAGACGCGACCAUCAGCGACACGCGUGACUGGCUCUAGGCAGCAUAGUGUAGAAUUGCGGGUGACGGUGGAAAGGCAAGGAUUGUGGGCAGAGAGGAAGGUCGUGAAGCGGGCGAAGGCGAAGCGGCAGGACGUGACGGUGGUGGUGGUACAGGUGUUCUACAGGCGUGACGGGUGGGAGGGCAGCGCAGCGUGGUGAGGCAGCAGUGCGCGCAGGCGUGGGUGAGGUCGUGAAGAGCGCAGUGGUCGCUUGAGAACGGAGCUCGCUCGAGAGCAACAGCUCGUCACCGCCGCUGGUUGUCGACACGCACAGCGCUCAGCACGCUCGUGAUGGAGCUCGCGAUGCGGCCGUUCGGAUCAACGGCGCGACGCACGCGUCGCCAGCCCAGCUGCGCCUGUGCCGCACCCUUGGACAAGGGCCCCAGUGCG